AUGAAGUCCAACAAAAAAGAGGCUGAGAUUCACAUUUAUUGGAGGCUUCAUUCUGGGAAUUCCUCUUUCUGGUGGGAUAAUUGGCUAGGUACUGGAAACCUUGCUAACCACAGAACUCAGGGUGGUAGGCCUGGUAAAAUCAAGGUCUCUCAGUUUUGGAAUUCCGGCCAAUGGGACCUGCAGAUGCUCAACAAUCAUGCCCCUGCCCACAUGAUCCCCACCAUUCUUCAUAUCCCUAUCUACCAAAACUCCCAAAUCCCUGACCAGCCAAUUUGGAAACCCAAUGCUUCUGGUUCCUUUACCUGUGCAUCUGCUUGGGAGGUUGUUAGAACCAAAAGGCCAAUCCUUGUUACCAAUAAAAUGACAUGGCACAAGAAAAUUCCCUUCAAAUGGUCCUUUUGCCUAUGGAGAGCCCUUAGGAAUAAACUUCCUACUAAUGAUAGAGUAGCCAGGUUUGGACCUCCUUCUGUCAACAGAUGUGUUUGCUGCAUUAAUUCCCAGGCUGAAUCUGUUGACCAUAUUUUCAGCAGAGGCCAUUUUGCUAAGGCUGUUUGGAAAAUUUUCACUGGCCCUGCUGGUUUCCUUUUUGAAGAAAUGCCACUUCAAAACCUUCUUAUGAAAUGGUGGAUUCAGAAGCCCAGAAAUGAAAUCCACAAAUUGCUCUUGGACACUUUCCCUAUUAUCAUCUGCUGGAAUCUCUGGAAGAAUAGGUGUGGAGCAAAAUAUGGCACCAAACAUUCUUCCAUGGCCAGAGUUGUUUUCUCCAUUAACUCUGACAUUAACCUUCUCCUCAAAACCACCUACCCUAACAUCACUUGGCCAUCUGAAUGGUCUGGGAUUUGUUCCUUAACUGAGAGUCUGAAUUUUCUCAACAAAACCACCCAGGUCUAUUGGCAAAGACCUACCCUUGGUCUUGUCAAAAUUAACAGUGAUGGAAGUGCCUUGAGUAAUCCAGGAAGAAUGGGAGCUGGGGCCAUCAUUAGAAAUCAUCAAGGGGACUUAAUUCAUGCCAUUGCUAGUCCCUUAGGUGAAGGAACAAAUAACCUUGCUGAAACUGAAGCUACUUUUUUAGGUGUCAAAUGGUGCUUGACAAUGGUUUUUCCAAAGUCCAUUUGGAAGCUGAUUCUGCUCUUCUGA